UAUACCAGCUACUUCCAUAACAUUGACAUCAGGAAGUUUUACACAGAACUUCAGUACCAUGUUGUUGCCACUCACCUGAGAGAGGAAGACAAGGAAGAACAGGGCAUGGAAGAGGUGGAGGAUGAGGGGGAUGGGGAUGGGGAGGAGGAGAAUGCAGGGGCAAAAUGGUCCUAUGAGUUCUGA